AUGGAGUCCUCUAUCCAGGAGCCAUUCUCCCUUUCUACCUAUGCGACUUCCAGGCGGCUGCAAAAGAAAUCUCAAAAGGGCGGCAAGUCGUCUGUGUAUGCGUCGCAUACCACAACGUCUGCCGGCUCAGAUGGCUAUGUGACGGUGGCUGCUCAAGGAGAUGGUGUACAUAUCCUGGAUGUGUCGACAAUGCACCCUAUCGUCUCACACACAUUAGGACCCGCGACCUCAUUUUCUUGUCCCUCAAUAUCGUACUGCAGUCUGGACGGUGCUGGACCCGUGUAUACGACCCACGCGGCGAUUGCCUCAUCUUCGGAUUUGUCCAAGGAAGAGGAGAACAAGACAAUAUGGACAUGGAAAGACGACCCUUCAACAAACCUAGCUGAAAGCAAAAAGAAAUCUUCUCUGGCAAAUAGAUACCUCAUGAUCUUUCUGGGAUUCUCUGUCCUACUUCUUAUAGAGUCCUGCGAUGGCAAUACUCGUGCUCGAGCCUUUUCUGUCGGGGAGGAUCGCACUCUCACUGACGUUGGGAGUAGCGCUAUCCCGAUAAAGGAUAUAUCAGACAUUUCGUGCAGUACCUCUGGCUACUUGACGAUCCUCUCCCAUAAUGGAUCAUGGCACUCUUUCCAGAUCGAAAUAUCUUCUACUGUCGAAGUAUCCCCCACCUCCGAAAUCGUCAACCUUACUCCCCUAGCGUCCCCUUCCAUUCUCGCCCUCACCUCAUCUCACGUUCUCUUCGCUGGUAUCACCCCAAAUCCAGACCGAAAAAUAGUCCUCCUACUUUGGGAUCUCAGGUUUUCUGUUGUCCUAGCCUCCCACAGCCUCUCUAUACCUUCCGGUUCAGAGGACAAAACGGCGCUUUCUCUCAUUUCUGCAUCUUCUGAGGCACUGUUGAUAGUAUCACCUGGUUCGUCGGAAAAGGUGAAAUCCACGUCAAGAUCGAGCGUGUUGGUAGUUCCCUAUACGGUUCCUCCAACAUCGACAAUAGCCAAUGCAAUGGGACGAGCAGCGUCAGCGGCUCCGUGGCUUGCCAAACGCCCAUCGACGAGCCAACUCGAUAGACCGCAGGAGACUCUUCUGUCGGAGAUGCGCUCAGCUAUGGAGCAAGGUAGGCCCCAGAGCGCGAGCAUGUUGUUUACCAAGUGGGAGAAAAAGUCGAAGGGCAAGACGGAUUCUGAAUCUCAGGUGCCUUUCCGCUAUGUCUUCGUGAAGGAGCUUUUGAUAACCGUGCUGCAACCUGGAAAGCCUGCCAAUUUUCCUUAUUCGUCGGAGGUUGUGAGGCAUUUAUUGGAACGGGGUGUUGUCAAUGCCAGUAUGGUCGAAAAUGGACUCUUGAGUUUGUUAAGACUGCGGAACGACUGGACAUCGAUACGUAUGGCCUUGAAAAAGGUCCCUGAUCUAUUGGAGGUCGAGAUUGUCGACACUCUUCGUUACAUAAUAACCCGGCAUCGACAAGAAAAAUCCAACGAUGCUAUGCAAGUGGACGGUGUCACACCUCUAAAUGCCGACAUUCCUUCGUUACCGCAAUUUCUCAGCUUAUGCGUGCAAUACUCUUGCUCCCCAGCUGCACUGAGACUAGCCAUCCGGAGGUGUUUGCCUGAGGCUGAGGAUCUUGUGUGUUUACUGGAUGUAUUGGAGGGAUGGCUAGCACAGUGGUCAGGCAGGGACGUUCGCCUGAUGCCGUCGAAAAAAGUAGUCGAAAAGAAUGACAAGGGUAUACUGGUCGCGGACGCGGUGGUGCACGAGAAAGGCGCAGAUUUACCUCCCAUGAAUGACAUCGUUUCGUUCACCCAAGUCAUAUUAGAUUCCUCGCUGCUGACACUUAUACAGCAUACCCCCGCGCACCGUGUUCUUCGCAAGAUCUCGGCACGGAUAGACCCUGAGAUACGGUCCAUUGACGAGACGGAGCAGCUACGGGGCCCUCUGGAGGCAUUUGUCAAGGCGCAGAGGCGGUUGCUGAAAGCUACCGAGGAGGGUAAAGAGCCGCGUCUUGACUGGAGACAGCGGAAUAAGCUAGCGCAUCAACAAGCUUCUGCAGCUAUUGGAUUGUACAGAGCCGAGCGUCUUUUUUUAGUGUUUCCGAUCAAUUAUCGGUGGUGUAUAUCCAUGAAGAUAGCAGGAAUAGAACUAAACCUACUAGUUAGCGACACUGCUUUCAAAGAUGCAACUGCGGAUAAAUCAGGGCCGGCUUUAGUUACUCUCCUUCAAGAAGCUGGAUUAUCCUGCUCAAACCGUCAAAUAGUACCAGACGACGUACAACAGAUACAACAUUUCGUCAAGUUAUGGUCUGAUACGGGACUUGUCGACUUCAUUAUUACCACUGGGGGGACAGGGUUCGGUGUGCGAGACCGAACACCAGAAGCCAUCGCACCCCUUCUCGAACGCGAAGCAUCGGGUCUUGUCCAUCUUCUUCUGUCGGCGUCGUUGAAGCAUACUCCGCUUGCAGCUCUUUCUCGGCCUGUCGCUGGGACGAUCAAGGAUACGCUGGUAGUGACUCUCCCGGGAAGUACCAAGGCUGUCACGGAGAAUGUCCAAGCUCUUUUGCAGGGUGGUGUGCUGAAGCAUGCUUUUGAGCUGAUCAAGGGAGGUACAGGCCAGCAAGUCCAUUCGCAGAUGGGAUCAUCUCACCACUCCCAUCAUCAUGACCAUCAUGGGCAUACCAUCCCUCAACCUCGAACGAAUAUCACUCACGAUCCAUCUGCAUCAGUAUCUACGAGGCAUCGUAUAUCCCCCUUUCCUUUGAUAUCUUUCGAAGAUGCUAUGGAUAUGAUCAUGACUACGAUUAAGCCCCUCGAGGAGACAGUUCUCCCGGUAACACCAUCUCUAGCGGGCUAUGUAUUAGCUCAGGAUGUCUACGCCCCCCACGACGUUCCAGCGACUCCGACAACAAAUGUAGAUGGUUACGCCGUCAUCUGCGAUGCCAUCGACGCUAACGGGACGUACACCGUGACAACACCACAACAAUCCAAGUCUCUUUCGCCUGGAAAGAUAUGCCGUGUCAAUACAGGCGCUCCACUGCCUGCAGGGGCAGACGCUGUGAUCAUGGUCGAAGACACUGUGAUCAUGGUCGAAGACACCCGAGUUACAAAAACAGAUGAAGAUGGAGAAGAGGUAGAAAUCGAGCUCCUCGCCAAAGUUGACAAGGGAGAAAACGUCCGAGCCGCUGGAUCUGAUGUCAAGACGGGAGAUUUAGUCCUGCAAAAAGGCGAGCGUAUCCUGAGUCCAGGAGGCGAGAUUGGUACCUUGGCCUUUGUUGGAUGCAAGGAGGUCAGAGUGCACCGAAAGCCGAUUGUGGGGAUCCUGAGUACGGGAAACGAACUAGUUGAUCUGCAAGCGCCGGUUCCUCUCAGCGAGGGCUCGUCUUGGGGCGGGAUAUGGGAUACCAACAGGCCCUCCCUUCACGCCGCUCUUCAAGGCCUGGGAUACGAAGUCGUUGACCUUGGUAUAGUUUCCGACGAGAUUCCUGCUCACGUCGACGCCAUCAAAAAAGGUCUCGAUAGCGCUGAUAUCCUCAUCACCACCGGCGGAACGUCGAUGGGCCCAACCGACCUGCUCAAGCCGGUCAUCGAAAGACAUUUCAGCGGAACCAUACACUUUGGCCGCGUCACUAUCAAACCCGGAAAGCCCACCACUUUUGCUACCAUUCCCUGGACUGGCGGGGCGGUAAAGCCAGUGUUUGCACUCCCAGGUAAUCCAUCCUCUGCGCUCGUCACUUUCCACAUCUUCGUUGUGCCAGCACUGCGCAAAUUGGGUGGCUGGCCAGAGAACUUGUGCCAGUUACCCCGUGCGAAAGUCCAGCUGCAAUCGUCUAUGACCCUGGACCCUCGCACGGAGUUCCAUAGAGUCGUGAUACGCGCCGGAGAAACGGGAUUAAAGGCGUUCAGCACGGGCGGCCAAAGGUCAAGUAGAGUGGCCAGUAUGAGUGGCGCAAACGGCCUGGUCGUUCUGCCUCAGCGGAAGUCUGAUGGACCUCAGAGACUUGAAGCGGGAGAAAUUGCCGACGCGGUGUUGAUAGGAGAAUUGCAAGCGAUGUAG